AUGGGCAUAUUCAUGGGAGUAUCAGCCUUGUUCUUCAAGGACAGUACGGGCCAGAAUCAAAUUUGCUUGUGCAUUUUGCGCAUUUUGCUGACUUUCACCUUGAGUUUCAGGCCCGUGAGCAUCUUCCUUGGUUGGCCUGGCAAUCUUCUUAUCCUUGGCCUCUCUGCACUUCUCAUUGCUCCCUUGGCUUGCUGUCGCCGCCUGCCUGUUUGCGUUGUGGCUGGGGGUGCCUUGAUUGACCCAUGUGCAGCAAGCUUUGCAAGCGACAAAGCGCCACAGGGGAUGAGUGGCAUUUUUCUUGGCACCUAUCAGGCUGCUGCUUCCAUGGGCAGCUUCUUGGGCCCAGUCCUGGGAGGAUUCCUUUACGAGUAUACGCAGACCGCUCCCUAUUACAUGGCAAGUGUGGCUUCACUUCUUUGUGCUCCUUCUGUCUUAGCUCUGUUCAGGCUUCAAGAAGCUCUGGAGAAAGGACAGUCAUCACCGAGUCAGCCGCUGAUGGGCGACGAGGAAGAGCCCGAGCAGCCCAUUGAAAGGUUACUUAGUCAGGCUGAGGCAUCACCAAUGCGCAAGCGUGCAAUUGACCGCGCCGCAUAUGGUCUCAGGUCAUUCGCUGGUGCAGGCACGCUGCUCUCUCUCUUCCAGCUUCCUAACGAUCCAGAGUUGACCUGUCGUACUCUGCGGCAGAAGGACCGGAUCACAGAUGAAAGGCUAGAAUGGAAAGUCCGCUCCAAGACGGAGGUGUUCUCUCCAUCCAAGCUUGCAAGGUCCAACACUUUGGAAAGGAUGCUGCUUAGGCAAUAUUCGAUGCAAGCAAGUGACAAGUGCUGUGCUCAGCAUUGA